UCGUUGUUUGUUUACAACCUGAUAACUUCCGGUCUGUAGCUCUGUACAUAGUAAGCUAGCUAGCCGGAGUUAUUUGGGUGAUUCAAACUCAACUUUACAAGAUGGGGUGUGAUGGCGGCACGAUUCCUAAAAGGCACGAGUUGGUGAAAGGCCCCAAAAAAGUGGAGAAGGUUGAUAAAAGUGCAGAGUUGGCUGCCAAAUGGAAAUACUGUGCCCUGAGCCAGGAGAAACUCAGACGCCCCAUUGUUUCCUGUGAUCUGGGAAAGCUCUACAACAAAGAUUCUGUCAUUGAAUAUCUGUUGGAUAAGACUGCUGAGAGACCCAACGCUGAGGCGGUGGCACACAUCCGUGGGAUCAAGGAUAUAAAGGAACUGAACUUGACUGAUAACCCUGAGUGGAAGGGAGAGAGAAGUAAUACUAAAGGAGACAUAUAUGAAGACGUCCACUGCGGCAUGUUCAUCUGCCCUGUUGUUGGGUUGGAGAUGAAUGGCAAGCACAGGUUUUGUUACCUGCAGACCUGUGGCUGUGUCUUUUCUGACAGGGCACUGAAGGAGGUCAAGACAGAAAUCUGCCACAAGUGUGGCGACACGUUUAAAUAUGAGGAUGUUGUUGUGCUCAAUGGCACUAAGGAAGAAGUGGGGAAGCUGAGGGACAGGAUGGAAGAGAAGCGGGCCAAGGCCAAAACUAAGAAAUCAAAGAAGAGCAAAGCAGCUGAAACUGCGUCCACACCGUCAGAAUCAAAAGAAGACACACAAGCUCCACAAGAGGAUCUAGCAGCGGGUCCACAACAAAAUGGCGAUGAAAGCAGCCAGUCAGAUGUGGCCGGACCCUCGGGAUCCUCCAGCUCCGCUCAAGGCACCAAAGCUUUGGCGUCUUCCACCUCCAAAAGGACCUUUCAAGAAAUGAAAGAGAAGUCUGAGGUCUUCAAAUCCCUGUUCACCACCCACAGCUCCGCCAAGCGCACUAAAGAUCAGACCUCCAACUGGGUCACCCACACCCCGUAUCACUUUUAGUAACUAUCACUCGGAGCGAAGAUCACCAUUUUUAGAUUGCUCCAGAAAUCGUGCCCCAUUAAAGACUAAUUACUGAUAAACCUAGUUCUACAUCCCCAGCCAUAACACACACACACACACACACACACACACACACACACACACACACACACACACACACACACACACACACACACACACACACACACACACACACACACACACACACACAUUCAUUACCUCUAAUAAUGUCACCAAUGGGUGAACUCAUUCCCAAUAUGUCUCUUCAGUCCCCAGUAGCUCAGUGUUUACAUGUUGUCAACAUGUUGUUAAUGGCUCCCCGAGCUGUUCAGCCUCUUUUGUUUUGUAACCUUCCUCCCACAUGUAUUCCCAUCAUUGCUCUGAGAAUUGAUGCUAGGGCGACUUUAUUACCUCUGUCACUCUGCUGUCUCCUGGUGGACAAAGUACAGGUUGGUUUUUUUUAAGCGAUUUCUUCAUAAGAGAAAAAGUGGUGGCAGAUUAUAGGCUUAAUUUCACUGGUCAGUAAAGGCAAAAUAAAAGAUGCAUGAUCUGUACAUCUUUAAGGCAGGUCAUACUGCGUUAUUCUUGAUUUCAGAUUUUUUUGUUUUUUUCCCCUUAUGAAAUCUGUCAGUGUGAGCUUGGCAACACUUUGUAUAAUAUUUAACACAUAGCACAGGACAUUCAAGUAAUAUGUACUCAUCACAUUGGUUAUUUGUUUUAUUGAAAAGUUAACAACAUAAAGACAUCUUGCUGAUUUAUUGAAGCUUUUGAUACUCAUAAAUAAAAAUAGAAAUGCACGGAGCAAUAGCACGAACAACCAUACGUAGCUGUUGUGUACCGGUGAUCCUCCUUAUUCUUGAGCGCCACAAGCUUCAAUAUUUUCGAUUUGUUUUUACAAUCAAGGUGCUUCUAAAUGUUUGCUUUUUGUUAGGAAGACCUUUGACAUGAAAAUGAUCAGACUAUGCCAUGUUGGCCUCCAGUUUAAUAGCAAAAUAUAGUGGAUGAUCACAUUUUCUAUUCAAACAUUUCUUUUUUAAAGGAGAUUCAAAAUGUUUUCUUCCUGUUUUCAAUUAGACACUCUUUUUUUUUCUUCUUUUUUUGCAUGUAACAAGCAAAUGCCAAAAAUAAAUUUAUA